GCAGUCAGCGCUACAAGCCGAGCGGCGCGGAGGGCGCGGAGGGUGCGACCGGCGGGCAGGGGCACAGGAGUGUGCGCCGCCUUCGGGGCUUCUCUCCGCGCGCCAGGGCGCAGGCACCACCGCGGCCCCCUCGGGCCGGCAGCAGGCUCGGGGCGCCAGGAGUCGGGGGCAGCCCUCCGGGGCGCCGGGACCAUGGCGCUGCGCGCCCGGGCGCUGUACGACUUCAGGUCGGAGAACCCGGGCGAGAUCUCGCUGCGGGAGCACGAGGUGCUGAGCCUGUGCAGCGAGCAGGACAUCGAGGGCUGGCUCGAGGGGAUCAACAGCCGCGGGGACCGCGGCCUCUUCCCGGCCUCGUACGUGCAGGUGAUCCGAGCCCCCGAGCCCGGCCCGGCGGGCGACGGCGGCCCGGGCGCCCCGGCUCGCUACGCCAACGUGCCACCCGGCGGUUUCGAGCCCCUGCCCGCCGCGCCGCCCGCCUCCUUCAAGCCGCCGCCCGACGCCUUCCAGCCGCUGCUGCAACCGCAGCAGGCGCCGCCGCCGAGCACCUUCCAGCCGCCGGGCGCUGGCUUCUCGUAUGGCGGGGGUGCCCUGCAGCCGUCGCCGCAGCAGCUCUACGGCGGCGGCUACCAGGCCAGCCAGGGCAGCGACGAUGACUGGGACGACGAGUGGGACGACAGCUCCACGGUGGCUGACGAGCCGGGCGUGCUGGGCAGCGGCGCGUACCCGGACCUCGACGGCUCGUCGUCGGGGGGCGUCGGCGCUGCGGGCCGCUACCGUCUGUCCACACGCACCGACUUGUCGCUGGGCUCCCGCGGCGGCUCGGCGCCCCCGCAGCACCACCCGUCGGGGGCCAAGAGCUCGGCCACCGUGAGCCGCAACCUCAAUCGCUUCUCCACCUUCGUCAAGUCGGGCGGGGAGGCUUUCGUGCUGGGCGAGGCGUCGGGCUUCGUGAAGGACGGGGACAAGCUGUGCGUGGUGCUGGGGCCCUACGGCCCCGAGUGGCAGGAGAACCCCUACCCCUUCCAGUGCACCAUCGACGACCCCACCAAGCAGACCAAGUUCAAGGGCAUGAAGAGCUACAUCUCCUACAAGCUGGUGCCCACGCACACGCAGGUGCCAGUGCACCGGCGCUACAAGCACUUUGACUGGCUGUAUGCGCGCCUAGCCGAGAAGUUCCCCGUCAUCUCGGUGCCCCACCUGCCCGAGAAGCAGGCCACCGGCCGCUUCGAGGAGGACUUCAUCUCCAAGCGCAGGAAGGGCCUGAUCUGGUGGAUGAACCACAUGGCCAGCCACCCGGUGCUGGCGCAGUGCGACGUCUUCCAGCACUUCCUGACCUGCCCCAGCAGCACCGACGAGAAGGCCUGGAAACAGGGCAAGAGGAAGGCCGAGAAGGAUGAGAUGGUCGGCGCCAACUUCUUCCUGACCCUGAGCACACCCCCCGCCGCCGCCCUCGACCUGCAGGAGGUGGAGAGCAAGAUCGACGGCUUCAAGUGCUUCACCAAGAAGAUGGACGACAGCGCGCUGCAGCUCAACCACACGGCCAAUGAAUUCGCGCGCAAGCAGGUGACGGGCUUCAAGAAGGAGUAUCAGAAGGUGGGCCAGUCCUUCCGCGGCCUCAGCCAGGCCUUUGAGCUGGACCAGCAGGCCUUCUCGGCCGGCCUGAACCAGGCCAUCGCCUUCACCGGAGAUGCCUACGACGCCAUCGGCGAGCUCUUCGCCGACCAGCCCAGGCAGGACCUGGACCCCGUCAUGGACCUGUUAGCGCUGUAUCAGGGGCACCUGGCCAACUUCCCCGACAUCAUCCACGUUCAGAAAGGAGCUCUUACCAAAGUAAAGGAGAGUAGGCGACACGUGGAAGAAGGGAAGAUGGAGAUCCAAAAGGCUGAUGGCAUUCAGGAUCGCUGUAACACUAUUUCUUUUGCCACUUUGGCAGAAAUUCACCACUUCCAUCAAAUUCGAGUAAGAGACUUUAAAUCACAGAUGCAGCAUUUCUUACAACAACAAAUAAUAUUUUUCCAAAAAGUGACGCAGAAGUUGGAAGAGGCUCUUCACAAAUAUGAUAGUGUUUAAUGACUGGAGGUUGGAUUAUGGACUUUUUUUCAGUUCAAGGAUAAUUUCUACAGCAGAAUAAAAACUGCUAUCAAAGAGCUAUUGCCAACUGUCAGCAGUGGUACAAGGAUGGUUUUGUGUUCAACUGAAACUCGGCUGAAUAUAUAAUUAUGUAGGAAAGAAGCAGUUAAUAUGGUUAUAUAAUAGAAACAGUACCACACAUUGUAACUAAAUUAUACUAUGUAUGCCUACACUACCAUUGUAACUUUUGGAAUAAUGAUUAUACUAUUUGCCUUAUUGCUUUUUGAAGUAUGGGUAUUUUAGUGCAUACUUUGUAGACCUCAAAACCCAUGAAGGGUCUCAAAGAAGCUGGCUGGAUAAAAGCCUGCUGCGGAUGCCUUUUUACUCUCACAGAUUGGGAUUACCUAAAUUCAACUUAUUCUCUGUUUACAAACUCCAACUAGAGCAGCUAUGCGACUUUGUGCCUUUAGACUCUUGGUUUUUUCAUUUCUCCACCCCCCCACCCCCUUUUUAAAGUAACCACAACUUUUCUGACUGAAAGAGUGAAAGGCCAGUGCACAUAAUGACAAACUGCUGGGAACCUCCUGUUGAUGCUGGGGGUGGGGUGGGAGGAUCAGCUGUCAUCAGUUUGCCCAGCAAGUUUUGUCUCCUGAUACAUGCUGGUGAGCACAGUGGAGGGACACGCAUGCUCAUCUUUGGAUGUGGUGUCUGUUAGGGAAGAAAACGGUGCCACUCUGUUCCCUUAGAUGCUACAGUAGCAUAGCCUCUUCACUCAAGUGUCCUGGAAACUUGGUGUGGAGAUUUCAUCGAACAUGUCUUAUAACCCAGAGAAGGAGUCUAAUCAAUUGGAGACACGAGCACAGAAUCAGUGACAACACACACUCGGUUUUAAUUCUAAGGAGGGUUUUCUUUUCUUUUCUUUUCUUUUUUUUAGCUUGAAGAUUUUCUUUUAACAUUCAGUGUAAUUUUUGUUUUGUUUUGUUUUGUUACUGGAUCUACACUGUUAACUGAUGGAGACUCCACUGUGAUUCACUCGUUUACUUAUCAAAAACUUUUCAGGGAUGUCUGUAAAAUUCAGUGUUAUACGUGAUGAAAAGUAGUGUUGGUUGAUCUAAGGAGGGACCAGAAAUAAUUUCUACUAUUCCAAAUGCUGACGGAAAAAAGUAUUUGUUUUUGUUUCUGUUUUUAAGUAUUGAUAAGCCCCCAGAACAUUUAACCUUAAAAAUUACCUUAAGUAUAUUCUUUUAUUAUUAUAAGGGAAAUACGAUGGCUGAUAAAUACCAAAACGAUUCAAAAGCAGCUUAAUUUAAAAAGCACAAAGAGAUUCUGGUUAGAAAUGCCAAAAUCUCAAUGUUUUUCUAGUUGCUGAGCUCAAUAAUGUGAUUCUUGAGUUUACAGAUUUAAAAACUGUCACUGAAAGGUUAAAGUAUUUACUGUUUUUAAUGAAGUCAAACUUAUGCUGCCUCAGAAAUCCCUGGGUAUAAAAAUGGUAACAUAGAAGUAAAGAGGUCAGUUUGAAAUGCUGGUGAGUCACAUUGAUUAAAGAAAAGGGUCAAUUUGCAGAUAGUCAUACAAAGAGAAGGUUAUUGAAAUGAUUACUCAACAGCACAUUUACUCUAAAAAGUAAUCUCACAUGGGUUGAAUUUUUAAGAUCAGAGUAUCAUAAUUUUGAUCAAAAUUUUAUACCUUAGGUAACUUAGAGCCAGAUUUAACAUCAUGUGGCUUCGUCUCUACUACCAACAUGUGGAACUGUAACCAAAUAUAUUGUUCUUUAAAAAAUAACUUUCUCUUGUUGAUUGCAAAAUACAGUUCUAUAAACAAAACCCAUAUAUAUAUAUGUGUGUGUAUAUAUAUAUGUGUGUGUGUAUAUAUAUAUAUAUAUGUGUGUGUAUAUAUAUAUAUAUAUAAAUGUUAAUUUUAUUGCAGAAGUUUGGAGAUUAUAAUGAUAGCAUUUAAUUUAAGUUUGAGUCUGUAUUGGACAAAUAAGCACUAUGCUUUUCAAAUGAUUGGAAAAUCAGUUUUACUUGCCUCCUUUUUUGGCAGUGGUUUGAUUUUGUUUGUUUGUUUAAGUAAAAAUCACUAAACUUUGCAAUGGUAGCAUUGAAAUUAUCUGAGGUGUCUUGUAUGAUUGUGCUUUGGCCAGGGUGGACAUAGCUUAAAUUAUAAAAACUAAAGAUUAAAGAAAAAGGAAGUAUAAGUUCAUGCUGCCUAUUUAGAAGAGAACUUUCAUCCUUCAUAACUAUAUAACAUUAUAAUGCCACUGAUUCAUAAGGGGUUUAAAUUAAUUCUGUGGGGUAGGACACCGGAAUUAUUAGUGUUCAUUUUCAUCUAAGAUCUUUAUAUCUCUAACGUUCUUGGUCCUAUUGAAACAUUUCAGUAUACAAAAAUACUGCAAUGUUAAUACCCAAGAGAAAAGCCAUCAUAAUGUGUAUGCUGGUCAUUAUGAUCAGUGUGGUACAGUUUUUUAAAAUAAACUAUCAUGCCCUUCAUGCCAUUAUUUGUCUUUAUUUCUAUAAUUUAAACUUCAGAUAUAUGAUGUAUUUAGAACAGGAGGGCAUGCACUUGAGCUUGGCUUUGCUAUUUUAAUUAGAGACAGAGUCGUUUAUAUGCUGCAAGUCUAAUGCAGCGAGACUGGUUCUACAGCCGUGCAUUGGAACCCUGUUUCUCUUCUAGGCUUUUGUAUCUGAAGGUACAGUGUAAAGCUGGAAUAAGGGAACACAUUUGAAAAUGAAACGGAAAGUCAGUGCUCCUUGGCUUGAAUAGAGUCAUAAUUGGGAUUUUCUUAGGCUUCACUGAUACAGUUGUCUUAGAUUUAUUCAUGACAAUACAGCAGAUUCUUAAAUGCCGAUUUUUAAUUGUCUUGAAUUUUGCUGCUGUUCUCAUCAUUAAGGACUUGAAAAAAUGUUUUAGUCUCUCAAGUCAAGCAUGUAAAGUUUAUUGUAUAAACUUUUAAAUGUCAUUCUUUCCUAAGUUCAUUUUUUCUAUUCAUUUACUAAGCCAUUUUUUCCAUUUAUGCCUUUAUUUCCUCAGAAUCGAAUACCAUGUCUGAUACUUUUAAAACCAUAAGCAUUAUCCAGUUUUCUCAUUUCCAACCUUAUCUUUGGCUAACAGAACAAGUAAAACAGGAUACUAUUUAUUUACAGGCUAAAAAUCUUGAAUAUUGUUUUUUUCCUUCAAAAUGUUACGAUUAGUGCAGAUCAGCCAUGUUUAUCUUUUAAAAAUAAACAAAGGUUGCUUUAUUUCUCAGCUUCAAUGGAAUAUUAUAAUUAUUUUUUCUCCAGUAGUCAAGGAGGCAUUUAUUUAAUGUGAAAGACUUAAACAGAAAGAUAGAAGAGUGAGUUCACUGUCUUAAGCUUCCAUCUGCAGUUGCCAUAUAAAUUGUUCAUGAAAUUCUGUAGUAAAUUUGAUUAAUUUAAAUCUAUAAGCCAUUUGGGUGGUCCCACUGAGUAUCUGCUUAUGUUAGUAACUUCAGUAACUAUUGAGCUUAUAGCAAUAAAUUGUGAGUGAGAUGUUUUGAAAUAAUAGUUGUCGUGAGCCCAGCACCUGACGCAUAGUAGGUACUUAAGGAAAGCACUUCACACGCUGUCUCCGUUGGAAACUGAUGCUGUUGGCUGCCAGCUCAAACCAGCCUGAUCCAGAAUGUAAAGGGUCACGGGUGGGUACCGGAACCUGGCGAACCCCACACGGGGCCAAAAGUCCCAUCUUUUGGGACUAAGUACUAAGAACAAGAACUAAGCUUGCCCUCUAUGUGGGGCUUUUUAAUUUGUCAAUUUCUUUUCUUUAUGGGUCUAUUUUAUUCUUUUCCUGUAGCUAGGCUUUCUCAGCACCUUCUAAUACAUCUAAAACGGCCAAGCCAUCUUGCAGUUCAUAAGUUUCCUUGGGCCAGUGGCGGACACCUGACCCAAGCUGGACAAAUCAGCUGUGGCCUGGGAUUAGGGGGUGGGGCAUGAGAAGGAGAGGUUCUCUUAGAGGGUGUUUGAGGGAAGAAAGGAAACAGGACAGGAGCUAAUGUCAAGUCAAAGGUUUAAUUCCACUUGGUCAGGGUCAGAAUCAGCCGUGACAAGUUCCCCUUGGUCACAGGUUGCUUCUACCUACCGCGUGGAGCAUUGUUAGAAUUCUAACAAUGCUCCACACGAUAGGCUCUGGUGAGUCUGAGGCGGGUGGAGUAGAUUUCUAGGCAGAGUACAGAAGGGUGCUAUGCUAGGGGUCUGGGGGCAGGAACAUGGAAAAACCCAGCUGAGGAUUCACGUCUAUCCCAGGCCUCUGAGUUGGUGGGCAGUUAAUCUAGGAUUGGAUCAUAGCUAAAGCCUUUCUAGGGAUCAUCAGUUCCUCCUACUUGGUCCUGACCCUAGGAUGUCCCAAUCCCAUCAUUCCAGUGGCAGAGAUGGAGCUUCCAAAAGUGGCCUCUUUUAUUAAAGGCAGUUCAACUUCUAAGAGGCUUAGAAACACACAAGGUGUGUGUAUGGUAUUCCUUUGCUGUGGGUCCCAUCAGCCUAUCUGGAAAUGAUUUCUAAGUUUGUAAUGGUCAGACGCAUCAGAUCUUAUUUUUCUAGUGGUUUAAAUUUUCAGUCACUCGAGGAAAUGGCUUUCAGGACUUAACUAACUGCUGAGUUGCUGGACUUCUCUGUGAGCAUAGUGGGGAAGCUGACCCAGCAUAUCAGUGAGAAAGGCAACACAUUGGAGCCAGGGGUCAUAUUCUAGCUUGUCUACUCUCUGAAUGACCUCAGGCAACUCACCAACCCAUCUCUGAGCCUCAGUUUCCUCAUUUGUAUGAUAGGCCUACUUAGGUUUUAUUAGAGAGUAUUAGAUUAACUAGUAUGUACAGUCCUUAACUAUUUGGCAGUACUCCCUCUCUGAAUAACCAUAGGAAGUGAUAAAAAUUCCAGAAGUAGGUACUUAAUAAAUGAUAGCAAUGUUCCCAAGCGUUGUGUGAUCUUGAGCUAGUCACUUAAUCUCUCUGAGCCAGUUUUCUAUCCAUAGUGGGAUAGAGUAUCUGCUUCUCAGAAAUACUGCAAGAAUUGAAUGACAUAUGAAACGCCCUGAGCCCAAUGCAUGGCAAGAGUAAGAACAAUAAAGAUCCCCUGUGAUUACGUGAGAAGGGAUGAGAUGAAGGGUUUAAAUAAUAAGAACUUCACAUCAGCUGUAAGGAAUCCACGCUCCAGUCCCCGUCAGGCGGGAGGUCCCACUGUCAGCCACGGCGCUCUCACCUUGGCACCUGUCUUGGCCAGCUCUCCCCAUCCAGCCCGGCCUCAGGUCCAAACCCCCAUCCUGGUUCCAGAACCCUGGCACAGCAUCCUUGCAUAUUCUGACUCGAAGCCUAAUUCACUGCUGCUCAGACCAACCAAGUUUCUCCUGCUGGGGUGGGCAGGGGCUCAGCUCUCCAGAGAUCAGCCCUUUUCCAUAAGGCUCCCAACCUGCUCUUAAAGAGUUUAAAUACCAGUAUGUUCAGGAAGUUGUUUUCUACCAGAAUAUCUGAAGACAGCUUGGAAUUCUGUUUUUGCUUACCAAAUUAAUAAUGAUUUUAUUGACGUCUGCUGUCCUGUAUUUGAACAAAAAUACCCAUGAGGAAAGCGAAACCUGUAAUCCUGGGGAAAUAGGCAGUUUUCUUAACAUGUGGUGCUUUGUAAUAGCUCCUAUUCUAGAAUCCAUGGGAAGAAAAUUUGACUUUUUAGGUACCCAUGCUGACAGGUGAUCCCAUGAUAAAUUGCACAGUUAUCUGAAGGAUUAAAAACUGUAGGUGUCAAUCACCUAAAAAAAACCCAAAGAUCUUCAGAUACCAAUAUAGAAUUUUCCCAAGAAAAAUUACAUGACAAAAAGAAAAGGGCAGAAUCAUAUUUUAUAUGCUACCCUUUGAAUAAAAGAGAAAACAAUUAUGUUUGCUUAUAUAUGCCUGGAUUAUUUCUAAAAGUAGAGACAAACAAUUAGUAACAAGGUAACAUUGUUUGCUUUGGGUUCUGG